AUUGCCGUUGUAAAUUAUUGAUAAGGGUUAAUUUAUAAAGCGUACGAUCAUAUUACGAUCAGAGUCUGCACCGUACGCACAUUCACACAUCAACAUGUACGCCCUCUUCGGAGUCUUGGUCGCGGCCACCGCCGUCCUCGCCAUCCCCAUGCCGAUGCCCGGCGCUCAGCCCGACCCGUACGCAUACCCCGCCCCAGCCCCCGUCCAAGGAGGUCCCUACCCCAGCUACAGCGGACCCUUCGCUAACCCCAUGCCCGAGCCUUUGCCAUACCAGAGCUUCGGCCCCAGUGGACCCGAGGCCUUCCCCUUCGCCCAGCCCCAGCCCAGCCCCUACGCCUCCGCUUUCGCCCAGCCCCAGCCCCAGCCCCGUCAGCCCCAGCCCAGCCCAUUUGCUAUGCCCGGUGCCAGCCCCUUCGCUCAGCCUGAGCCCUAUGGUGUUCCUAGCUUUUACCAGUUCUAAGUUUGUAAUAUAGCAUUUAUUUUUUUA